CGGACUGACUCGCAUCCGACGGGCCAUCCGGCAGCGAGCCUUAAGAAGAUGAAGAGAGCCGCCCUCGAGGCCCCCGAGAAGCACGACGAGGCCACCCCGACGACGUGCAGCUCACUCCCCGCCCGUCUCCCGCAGCAGCACGAGGAAAGCCAGAUCGCACGCACGAGCCUCGAGAGGAGCCAGAAUGUCCGACAAAGACAAGGCCACGGGGCGUCCGUCGCUGGAGCACUACGACGAUGAUGCAAACGACAAGCCGGCCGCCGCCGGCGCCCUCAGCGUCGGCGUCAACGUCAUGCCCGCCAGCCUGGCCGCGCUGAGCCAGGAGGAGUACGACCGGCUGGGCAAGCGGGCGACGCUCAAAAUGGAUCUGGUGAUAAUGCCCAUAAUGGUGAUAAUGUACAUUUUAAACUAUUUGGACCGCCAAAACAUCGCCUCGGCCAAGCUGGCCAACAUCGACAAGGACCUGAACCUUAGCACUGUCGACUACCAGACGACCGUGUCCAUCCUUUUCGUCGGCUACAUCCUGAUGCAGAUCCCUUCAAACAUGAUUGUCAACAAAAUCGCAUGGCCUGGGCUGUACAUCUGCGCUGGAAUGGGGGCAUGGGGUAUCAUCAGCGCUCUGAUGGCCGUGGUGCAUAACUACGGUGGACUGCUCGCCGCGCGCAUCUUCCUCGGCUUCGUCGAGGCCAUCUUCUUCCCCGGAGCGCUCUACUUCCUGUCGCUCUUCUACAACCGCCGACAGUUCGCCUUCAGGACCGCCAUCCUGUACUCGGGGUCGCAGCUCGGCAACGCCUUCGGCGGCCUCUUCGCCAUCGGCAUCCUGAACCUCGACGGCCGGCAGGGGCUCGCGGGCUGGCGCUGGCUGUUCCUGGUCGAGGGCGUGCUGACGACGGCGCUCGCCAUCGCCUUCGGCUUCGUGCUGCCCAACUCCAACAAGAAGAUUGCGACGCUGUCGGAGCUCGAGUGCGAGUGGGUGCAGUGGAACUUUGUGUCGGACCAGGGGCAGGAGGACAAGUCGGACGAGAUCACAGCCAUAAAGGGCCUGACGCUGGCGCUGACCGACGUCAAGACGUGGCUGCUGACCGGGAUUCUAUAUUCGACCUACAUCGUCGGGGCCGUCGUCAACUUCUUCCCCUCUGUGGUGGGCGGGCUGGGAUACGACCGCAACACGACGUACGGGCUGACGGCGCCGCCCUUUGUGCUCUGCGUUUUCUGCAUGCUCCUCAACGGGUUCCACUCGGACCGGACGCAGGAGCGUUUCUGGCACAUCGUGGCGCCGCUCUUCGUGACGCUGGCGGCCAACAUCAUGGCCGUGUCGACGCUCAACACGGGGGCGCGCUACACGGCCAUGAUGCUGCUGCCGGCGUCCUUCUACUCGAGCGCCGUGGUGACGCUGUCGUGGAUCACGGGCACGCUGGCGCAGCCGGCCGCCAAGCGCGCCAGCGCCAUCGCCCUCAUCAACGCGCUCUGCAACACGCCAAACAUCUGGGCCAGCUACCUGUACGGCGGCGCCCCCCGCUACCUCGUCGCCUUCAUCGUCAACCUGGCCGCCACGGGGCUCGCCAUCGGCUUCGCGGCCGCCACGCGCGUCUACCUCGGCCGCCAGAAUGCAAAGAUUGAGCGCGGCGAGGACCUAGGCAAGAACGGGCCGACGCCGGCGCAGGUGGCGGGCGGGUUCAAGUACCUGCUGUGAGCAGCGUCGGCGGUUGGGUGGCUUUCUUGUCUGGCGAUAGAAGAGAUGGUCUUUGCCGAGGGAGGAGUGGCCAGUCGAGUAGAUGAGGUAGGAUGAGUGUGCAUUCUCACUGCAGACCACCCACACACAGUAGGUGUGCAGUGUGCAGUGGUACUGAAGGGUCAGGAACGGCUCUCUGUUAGCUCAAUGAAGAUGACAGGCAGGUGUAAUGAAUCAAUCCCGACUGCAAAAGUUUUUAU